AUGAUUUCGCUAGAUUUCAUCAUACGUCUGACGAACCAGGAGAACAGACGAAACAGAAGGUCGGAAACAACAAACACAAGGGAACGUCUUUUGUCGGGGGAGUUAUCGGACGGUGGCAGACGAGCCAGAGAUCAAAACGGUGUCCCGAGAGGGCAUCUUGCGGUCUACGUGGGCCGUGAUGAGAUGCAGAGGUUCGUGAUACCGACCAAGUAUCUUGAAUAUCCCGAGUUUAAGGUUUUGAUGGAUCAAGUAGCGGACGAGUUUGGGUAUGACCAUGAAGGAGGGAUUCAUAUUCGUUGUGAGGAAAGUGUCUUUGAAGAGAUUUUGUUUAGAUACAUGUCAUGUGACAAGAAGAAAUAA